GGUGGGGCCUCCAUUUAGCAGCAGAGAGAGAACAGACAACGUUUCACGCUGUUAGAACUGCUGAGCGGCAUCAUCAGCAAGUGCUGAGAGCAAACGGACAGGAUCAGAUAAACACAGUGCCUCGGUGAUGAAGGUCCUGCUCCUCAUCCUCACCCUCUACCUCACCUCAGGUCCAGUGGACUGUGCUGAAGUGACCGGGUACACAGGAGGACGUGUCCUCAUCAACUGCAAAUAUGGUCACACGAGAUACAUGAAUCACACAAAGUACUUCUGCAAGAUAAGCCGAGGCAAAUGCACUGACAAGAUUCUUUCAAAGACGCAGAACACAAGCGACCAUGAAAGAAGAGUCUUCUUUGUCAAUGAAACUCUGGCUGGAAUUUUCAGUGUGCUCAUUAAAAACGUCAGUCUGCAGGAUGGUGGGACCUACAGGUGUGGAGUAGAAGACCCAGCAGUAAAGCCUACAGACGUGACACUGCAAGUGAAAGAAGAUCCUUGUUGUGGAAAGACGCUCACACAGGAAGCUCAUCCAGGAGAUACGGUUACCUUUACUUGUGAAUAUCCACAGGAGUCUAAAUAUCUCUCCAAAUACGUGUACAAAGCUACUGAUCACAACUAUAGUGUGGUCAUAUAUACUCUUGGACUAUCAACACAAAAUGGGAGGUUUUCUCUUUUUGACUAUCAAGAAGAAAACCUCUUCAACGUGAGCAUCAGUGACGUGACUGAAGAGGAUGGAGGAGUUUACCUGUGUGGAGUUCAGGGACGAAAGCAAGGAGAUCUGAACCCUUACUACUCUCUCUUCAAUGAAAUACAGCUUCAGGUUACAGCAUCUGGAGCAUCUGGUAAGAACCAAAUUCAUACAUACAUACAUACCUGCACCUCAUCUUCUGUGUAUUGUUUCAUCUCUCCAACUGUAUCUCCAGCUUCCUCCAUCACCACCAUCAUCAUUGUGGGUGUCUGUGUGGCUCUGCUGCUGAUUGGAGGAUCAGCACUGAUCGUCUACAAACUGACACAUAAAAAGACACGAGACUCGGCCUCCUCUUCAUCAAACAGAAGAAACACAGUAAACAGCGAUGAUGUUCCUCACACUCCCUUUUACGAGGAGAUUCCAGACACUCGGGCAACCAGUACAGUUUAUGCCACCACUCAGGAUCCAGGUCCUCACACUGCUGCUAAUAGAAGUGCACACCCACCCACAGCCCCCCCAGUCAAGGAUAUAUACCCCAUGGCACAACUGUCCCACCCUGCAGCCGAAUCUUCUGCAGAAUAUGCCACUGUGGACCUCACUACAUGACAAACCGCAUGAUGGUAUCUGGGCCUUUGCAAGCUUUUGGCUUUAUUGCAUCAACAUUCAUGUGUAUAUAGCCACACCAUGUAUCACUGCGCUGUCUCUCAUGUCUCAGGUUCUGUUUGUUGAGUUUUAUUUUCAGAGUACUCUCAGUUUCGGUUUGACCACAAGGCCAGAGUGUGUCUGAACACACUUUAAGUGCCGUCCCACAUGCCGUCCCUGUUAGAGUGUCAUAUUUUGUUUUGUGACUGUCAAAUCUGUUCUGGAGAGCUCAAAAGGUGAAGGAGAACCACUCACCUCUAAGAUCGCUGAAUAAAGUCAAUUAUUUGCUUAAA